AAAAUACUUUAUAGCAAGUUUUUGUGAAGCUCAAUAAUAAAAAUUAAUUAAUUACGGCUUCUACAGCACACAUAGAAGAUUAAAAAUCACAAAUCAUGAGCUUUUUAUUCGAUCCAAACACAGAAGAAUCUUUCUUUAAUAAAAUUAUCAAGAAGGAUCAAAUCCUGUCCAAAAAGUUUGCAUUUUACUGGGGGGAUCGUCUAAAUAUCAUCAGAUACAGAAACACUACAACAUUCCUUGAUUAUAGCUGCAAUGGAAUUGCUUGGAUUGUUGGAUUGAUAGCAUUUGCUUACUUCAGCAGUCAUAGCUUCAUCGAAGUGGAAAUUAAUCUAUUAAUGGUGCUAAUCUUCGACAUUGUGGUUGUUGCCCUAAUUAAAGCAUAUACUCAGCGAGCCCAUCCAAGCUAUUGUGAUACUCAUCCUUUAAAAAUAGACUACAAUAACUUUUCAUUCCCGAGUGGAUAUACUUCAAGAGCUACUCUGAUUCUUAUGUUCUUUACUGUUUUCUAUCCAUUGCCAAUAAUCAUCUGGAUCCCACUCUAUGCUUGGUUCUGUGCAAUUUGCUUGUCACGUGUAAUGCUUAGAAAGCACUUUAUUCUGGAUGUGUUUGGAGGAAUAGCAGUUGCAUCAUUGGAAGGAAUCAUCAUUUCAUACUUUUUGAUCAAUACAGAAACUGCAAUAAGCUUAUUUAAUUGGAUUUCGGACGAGAAAACAGUUGGAAGCGAUGCUGAGGUGCUAUAAAAGUCAAAACAUAAAUUAAUUUUUCCUUAUUUGCCAAAUUAAAUUAACACGAGAAAUAACCGAAGAAAAUGGCAUGUGUAAGUCAUACAGCAUUAAGUAGAAAAUAAAAUAAAAUUUGGAGUGAGCUGUCGAGAAUAUAUUUUUGCAGUUACACGCUACGUGCUUGCUUCUCGUACAGAGUAAAGCGAAGGCGAG